ACCCAUGUUGUCUCUGUCUCGCCUCAGGUACGGAUGCCGCUGUCAUUGAUCUCCUGUUGCCAUAGAUACGGUUGCUAAGCGAUGGCGGAGGACGAGCCCAUGGAUCCCACGGGGCCCAACUUCGAGGUGGAGUGCCCUCGAAGGAACGGGACGUGUCGGACGUUCACGGAUGGCGGGCACGCAGAGGAGGCGCUCGGAGUGAUGAACAUGCUGAGGGAACACCAGCAGCUGUGCGACGUCACACUCAAGGUCACACACCAGGACAAGAAGGAAUCAUUCCUCACGCACAAGGUUGUCCUGGCGGCCGCCAGCCCCUACUUCAAGGCCAUGUUCACCGGCGGGCUGAAAGAGUGUAAGAUGCAGGAGAUACCCAUCGAAGGGGUGCACCCGUGUGUCAUGAACAGGCUGAUCGAGUUCGCGUAUACCUCACGGAUAACGUUAACGGACAUGACCGUGCUCCACAUUUUGACUGCGUCUGUGAUGUUCCAGAUGACCAGAGUAGCGAAGCUGUGUUGUGAGUUUCUGGAGGACCAGUUGGACCCCAGUAAUGCCAUCGGGAUCGCCAACUUCGCCCAGGAGCUGGGCUGUAAGAAACUAGAGGAGAAGGCCAGGGAGUUCAUCUACACAAACUUCUGUGAAGUCUGUGAGAGCGAGGAGUUCAUGAUGCUGUCUGCUUGCCAACUUCUACACCUGAUCAACAGAGACGAACUCAACGUGCGCUGCGAGUCGGAAGUCUACAAGGCGGCGAUGCGGUGGGUCACGUAUGACUUGGACGAACGAAAGCAGUGUAUAUAUCCGCUGUUAGAAGCCGUGCGAUGUCACAAACUGAACCCUGAGUUUAUCAAGAAGAGUUUAUCCUUCUGUCCCAUUGCUACCAGAAACCCCGAGUGUAACGAAUACUUGUGUAAGAUCCUACAGGACUUGACACUACACAAGCCCAUGUGUUUGAAAGUCAAGCAAAGGACUCCCCUGGCCCCCCACGUGAUUUUCAUCGCCGGGGGCUACCUGAGACAGUCGCUAGCGACGAUGGAAGCGUACAAUCCAGAGAAGAACACGUGGACAAAGCUAGCCGACCUGCCCAUGCCCAGAAGUGGGCUAGCUGCUGCUGUGGUACACGGGUUCUUCUAUGUCAUAGGAGGGCGUAACAACUCUCCGGAUGGUAACAUGGACUCCAACUCUCUGGAGGGGUACAACCCGUACACCAACAGCUGGCAGUCCUACACACCCAUGUCCAUCCCCAGGAAUCGCGUGGGGGUCGGGGUCAUCGAUGACUACAUCUACGCUGUGGGAGGGUCGCAGGGCUGCAUGCACCACAACACCGUGGAAAAGUAUGAUGCUAACCAGGACAAGUGGACGACAGUGGCUCCCAUGAAGACCAGACGUAUUGGUGUGGGUGUGGCUGUACUCAACAGACUGCUGUACGCUGUGGGAGGGUUUGAUGGAACGACCCGUCUGAGAUCCAUGGAGUGUUACCACCCCGAGAACAACGAGUGGCAGUUUGUCACCUCCAUGAACGUGCCCAGGAGUGGAGCAGGUGUAGUAGCCCAGGACCACCACAUCUAUGCCAUCGGAGGUUAUGACGGGAUGAGUCAGCUGAACUCCGUAGAGAAGUAUGACAUCAACGCCAACACCUGGGAGUUUGUCUCCUCCAUGAAGAAACAGAGAAGCGCCCUGUCUGUCACGUCAUUCGGCGGCAAGAUAUACGCACUAGGAGGCUAUGAUGGGACCGACUUCCUGGAGUCAGUGGAAGUCUACGACCCUCAGACCAACGAGUGGACAAUCUGUGCCAGCAUGAGUAGCGGGAGGAGCGGCUCUGGUGCCGCCGUCGGCAUCGAGCCGUGCGCUAAAGCACCGUCAUGACCUUUGCUCUUUGACCCGACUUCCUGUGGGUCAGAGUUCAACUAGGGUCAGUUACACCUGCGUUAUUGUUGAUAGCAUAUAUGUAUCAUUUAUCAGGGAGAAUGUUGUGUUUUUUAAAUGAUUUGUGAACACAGAAGAACACCAGCUUGCUGCUUGUGAAUACUU